CAAAUUUUGUGGUUCAAGACUCAAGAGUACUCCGUAUUUGAUUUAUAAAUCUUAGUUUCUUCACGUUCCUAAAUCACUCAGUAUUCUGACUGCAUUUCUUUUGCUGCUAUCUCCAGAAAAAUUAAUCAUGCCCCGUUUCUCACUCCAAGGUUUGUAGCUUGUCAUAGACGCUUAUGGAUCAUCAGCAUGGAAAGUUGCCUGCCUGCUACUAUAUAAAGAGACUCGGGUUGGAGCAUGAGAGCGAGGAUGUGCUUUCAUCAAUUACACAGCAACUUCCUGACCAAGCUCUUUCAACAAAUUCGGCUCAUAUGAUCAAUUACCUCAACAAGAUACUACUGGAGGAGGACGCUGACGAGAAUAGUGAUGACUUGUUGUUCCGUGAUCCUGCUGUGUUGAGAGCUGCGGAGGAUUACUUCUAUGAAGCCUUGGGGGAGAACCUCUCGCUUGACAGCAGUGUCGGAAGCCCGGAAGGCAUCUCAGUUGGAACCUCAAGUUCUGAUAUUGAACCUCACUGUGUCUCCGUGCAGUCUUCUUCAUCAAGUCGGACUAACUUGGAUGGGUUAAACGGUUCUUUAUAUAGCUUUGAUAGUGCUAAUUUGCUUCGAAAUAUACAUUUUGAUGAUGAAGCCACCUCCAUAUUCCAGUUCCAUAGUAGUCUGGAGGAAGCUAAAAAAUUCUUUCCUUCCAUUAAUCCAAUGGUCAUCCAUUUCAGCGAUAAAUACCCAUUGGAACUGGAGUCCGAGGAACUGAACAGUGGUAGUGCUGUGAGGGUAGAGAAGAAUCAUUCUGCUGAUUCGUGUAGAGGAAGAAAGCACUAUCGCGCAUGUGAAAGUGGGCUAGAAGAAGAAAAAGAAGAGGAAAAGAGUAGGAAGCAGACUGCAGUUUAUGAGGAG